UAAUGGGAAAAUCAAAGUUAAACAAAUACAUAAAUUUUAUUAGGAAAUUUCUUGUAAUUUUUAAUAUAAUCGUCACGUCAUGUCAGAUGUCAACAUAAUCGCACAGAUUUUUCUUACUUGUUACGUGAAAUUAAGUACAAAGUUGAUAAAGAUAGAAAAAUUUUACUCUUUUCUACAGUAAAAAAAAAUCUACACGCGGUGCAUCUCAAAAUCUGAUAUAACGAUACUGUAUGUUAGGAUCCAUAUUAUAUAAUUACGGAUAAUAUCACAACAUAGACGGCCAAGCCAUUUAAUUUUUCACGGCUUAGCCAAAUGGGUGACUGAUACAUCCCCAUGAAAAAAAAAAUGUCCAAAAGAAUGCUUAAAAAAAUAAAAAAAAUAAUGCUUUUGAAACUAUAAAAAAAAAAUUUUCAAUUUUUCUAAUACAGAAAAUGCCCAGAUGUAACUGUAUCACAUUCAUAGGAUUUUGUGAUAUUUAUAAUACCUUUUCUUCAUUAUAUUUACUUGACGAGAGGAUCAUUCUUUCUGUAUUUAGAAAAUACUUGGAAACGGAAUGGGACAUCAUUUUCGAUUAUGAUAAGCAGGGCCGUGAUACUUGUUUAAUACAUACUGAUAUGUUUUUCUGACGAAUUAAAAAAGAGGUAUUAAUAAAAUAUAUCAUAAUAUUAUAAAAUUUUAAUAGUCAGAGUGAAAAAAUCAGAAACAAUAUUGAAAUUUCAUGAAAGUGAAGAACGAUCCUCACAAUUUCAAGUUGCGAA